UACACACUGACUGGGCAUGCCUCAGAUACCUGAGAAAGUCGCCUCCGAUCCCACCCUAGCCCGGAGGCGCAGCUCAGGCGUGGGCCCGGCUUCCCUAGUUCAUCACCAGAGUCCGCCCCAAGCCGGGCGGGGCCUGGCCGGACCACUCUACCGGGGUGGCCCGCGAGCCCUGGGACACCAGCCACGAGGUGGCCCGCGCGCGGGGCUGGGUCUCGAUGGCUACGUGGAGGCGGGAUGGCCGGCUAACCGGCAGCCAGCGGCUCCUGUGUGCAGGGCUGGCGGGGGCGUUGAGCCUCAGCCUCACCGCGCCCCUGGAGCUCGCCACCGUGCUGGCCCAGGUCGGCAGGGUGCGAGGCCCCUCCCAGGGGCCGUGGGCCACUGGACGCCGAGUGUGGCUAGCUGAGGGGCCGAGGGCCCUGUGGAAGGGGAACGGCGUGGCAUGCCUGCGCCUCUUCCCCUGCAGCAUGGUGCAGCUGGCCGCCUACCGAAAGUUCGUUGUGCUGUUCAUGGAUGACCUGGGCCAUAUUUCCCAGUGGAGCUCCAUUGUGGCCGGAAGUCUUGCAGGCAUCGUUUCUAUGAUUGUCACAUACCCUACAGACCUCAUCAAAACCCGACUGAUUGUGCAGAACAUGCUGGAACCAUCUUAUAGGGGUCUUAUCCAUGCUUUUUCUACUAUUUAUCAACAAGAAGGGUUCCUGGCCCUGUAUCGAGGGGUGUCCCUCACUGUUUUAGGUGCUGUUCCCUUCUCUGCUGGCUCCCUUCUAGUUUACAUGAACCUGGAGAAGAUCUGGAAUGGACCCCGGGACCGCUUCUCUCGCCUGCAGAACUUUGCCAAUGUCUGCGUGGCUGCUGCUGUGAGCCAGACUCUUUCCUUUCCCUUUGACACUGUGAAGAGAAAGAUGCAGCAUCCUUUGACCAGUCUGGUCAGUGCCAACAAACUAAUGCUGUCUUCAGACAUGAUGACACUCCACUCUGCCACUCCGGUCCACAAAACAUCUCAUCUGUCUGGCUUGCCUUUUUCCUGUCCUUGUCCAGAUGAACCACCGCCACGCUGGUGUGACUGUAGUGCAGAGGAUGAUGGAGAGGCUCAAAGUCCUUAUCUUGCCCACUGUGGAGGAGUCGAUGUCCAUUUCUCAGGAGCAGUGGACUGCUUCCGGCAGAUAGUGAAGAGCCAAGGGGUGCCGGGGCUCUGGAGCGGACUGACAGCUAACUUACUGAAGGUAGUUCCAUAUUUUGGAGUUAUGUUUAGUAUGUUUGAGUUCUGUAAGAGAAUUUUUCUUUAUCAAAAUGGUUAUAUCCUGUCCCCGGUGACCUAUAAAUUGACCCCAGGGGUGGACCAAAGUCUGAAGCCCCAGGAGUUACGGGAAUUAAAGAAGUUCUUCAAACCCAGAAAACUGGAAUCUAAAAAGCCAACUCUGUAAAGCUGACUGGAACGACGCUGGUGGAAGACGCGCGCAAUCACAGAUGACUAUGGCCUCUUACCUGUGCACGUCAGGAGGAACAGUGCAUCACCUGGAAACCCUGAAUCUUCCCUGUGAAUACCUGGGCCUUGGAAAGCUUUUCUGACACUGCUCUGUCGCAAUGGCAUUCCACCAGACUACAAGGAAGCCUAGUAGCAAUCAGAUGCGCAGUAUACCCCAGAAGAAACCUCGGGAAGGAACAUUACCACAACACUUCAGAGCACCUUGUAGCUGAGGUAGCAGGGCAGAGGGCAUGUCACGAGCCCAGCCAUGGGAGCGCAGGCAGAGUAGGGCAAGUUUUUCUCACUUUGACCUGUGGCUUCAUCACACAGACUUCUUAAACUCAUACCUUUGUUGGCUUCUGAGAGCACCAACCACCAUGUCGGUUAGGCCUUAUCAAAAACCCCAAAUGAGAACUUUUUGAUGUUUCUUUUUCUUUUUUUCAAAAUGAUCUUGCUACAAAAUCGAGACUCCUCUCAGAGUCAUGGUAUUCCUGCCUAGACUCCCAGCCAGCUGAGAUUAUAAGUGUGUACUGCAAUGCUCAUCCUCGGAACCUUCAUUCUUCAUUGAAAAAUCAGGCACCUGGAGCCAGGCGGUGGUGGCGCACGUCUUCUAAUCCCUGCACUCAGGAGGCAGAGCCAGGCGGAUCUCUGUGAGU